AUGCUAAACACGGAAAUGGAUUCGUUAACAUGCGCUCCGCUCCGCUCGACUUUGCUGUUUGUGGGCGUCUUCGUGUUUGUCGCUGCAGAACAAAAAAACAUCACAGCUGAGUCUGGACAGAACGUCAUUCUGCCAGGUCGAGCUCCAAACAACAACAACAUCUUAGGUGUAGAGUGGAGCAGAGCUGACCUUGGGAAAGAAUAUGUCCUGCUAUAUCGGGGUCGGCGCUUCGAUCCAGAAAACCAGCAUCCAUACUUUGUUAAUCGGGUGGAUCUGCAGGACAGACAGAUGAAGGAUGGAGACGUGUCUCUGAUUCUGAAGAAUGUGACAGCUGCUGAUGCUGGUACAUACGAGUGUCGUGUCAUACAGAGAGGAUCAAACCGGAAGAAGAGAGCUAAUCUGAAGACCGACCCCAUCAGCAUCAUCUACCUGAGAGUUGCUCCUCCUCCAGGUCCAGGAGGAGGAACCACAGAGGAUGGAGGGAAGGAGGAUGGAGGGAAGGAGGAUGGAAGGAAGGAGGAUGAAGGGAAGAAGGAUGGGUCUGUUGGACUGAUAGUUGGUCUGUCAGUUCCUGCUGUGCUUCUUGUUUCUGCUGCUGUUGUUUUUUUGAUCUACAGAAAAUCUAACCAACAGGGUCAGGAUUCAUUUCAGCCUCCUGUUGAACUGCAGGCUGUUGGAAAUGGCUCAGUGUUUCCACGUGAUGAGAAGCUUUCAUCAUUAAAAAGCACGAGAAAGUCUGACUGAAGAAACUAAAACAGUAACAUCUGAGGAGAAAAACAGAAAAAAUAUUUUUCAGAGAUUUAACAGGAGGAAUGGUGGUUAAACAAAAAGGAGAAGAUCAGGCUGAAAUAACUGAGGGGUAGAACAUUAACCCAAGAUGCAGAGAACCCAAGACAGAUAACAUAAGACAAAGAAAACAUGUGGAGGACAUCGAGCAGCUGAUCUAUUUUUAGUUUUACUCCAAUGAUAAAAUACAUCUUAAAAAAAUCGAUAUUUUCCAGCGUCCUUGAGAUAGUCCCAAGAAAUGCAAAUGUGACCCCAAAAUAAAAAAUGAAAUUUAAGUGAUCCUGUAAAGAUAGAAAUGAUAUUUAAUCAACAGGCUGAGAUCAGAGAAGAUGCUGCCUGUUAGAAUACAUUUGAAAAAGUUAAAGCCUGCAGCUUUUUUUGUCAGCAUUUUAUGCUUUUAUAUUAAUGUAUUUUCUUCCAACUCUGAGUAUUUUUGCAAUCUGUACAUACUAUCAUUAGUAUUACUCGCAGUGUCAGUAGUAGUAUUCUGAUUACAUGUGUUAAAUUUUCCCGGUCUGCAUCAUUUGUUCAUGUGUUUGCUCUG